AGCGAGCGAGAGGGAGAGGUGGAGAGAGAGACAGUGUGUGAGAGAGAGGGAGAGUCUCAGAGGGAGCAGGACUGCCCACAACACAUUUGGUCCAGAGAGCAGACAGGAACUUCCAGAAAGUUCCCAGAAACUUCCAGAGAGCAGACAGGAUUUCCAGAGCUACGUUUCUCUGUGCUUCCCAUGCCUGGUUUCCUAGCAGGGACCUCCUGUUAAAGGCUGAACCUGUGGAUAAUAGAGCCGGACAUCAACACAUGACAUGCAGUCUGAGCGGCACGUGGAGGUCCUGGACCACAUCAACGGAUCUCGGAUCGUCUUCUCUGGAGACCUGGCUCCGCCCAGCCUGCAACAGCCCCCCACGGACACCCCGGAUCUGACCCAGGAGGUGGUCAUCUCCCCCGGGCUCCCCACGCCCCCUCUCAGCCCCUACCGCAACACCCGGCUGCCAUCUGGGGACUACAAGGUGUCAGAGUCCAACGGGGGGGAUCCCACUUCUCUCAGUUUUGGAUCUUAUUACGGACCCCCCCUGCCACACGCAGGGGGGGUGCCCAACGGCACGUCGUCCAGGGGCUUUGCCACCCUGCCCCGCAGAGCUCCCUCCAGGGAAGAGAGUCUCAUCAAGUUCUCUGGCAUCGGUCCCGUGGACGAGACGGGGAUGCCCAUCGCAUCCAGAUCAAGUGUGAACAAGCCCAGAGACUGGUACAGGAGCAUGUUCAGACAGAUCCACAAGAAGCCAGAGGACCUCGACCUGGACGACUCAGAGAGGGAGCCUGCUGAACGGAAGCAGAGUCCUGCAGCAGGAGAGGAGAGCGGCCCGGAUCCCUUCGCCCUCACCUCCUAUGGGGCCCUGCCUGACUGGAGUAAGCUGGCCGAUGGAGAAGGCCAGUUCGACCAGGGGAAGCAGAACUCUCAACCCAGGAGCAUCUAUGACUUUGAGCCCGGACAGAACACAGCCACAGUGACCACCAACCAGGCUCCAGUGCUCAGACAGCCUGAGAAACCCCGCUCCUCCUCUAUAGAGCUCCACUCGGAGCUGAGCCGCUUCGAGGCUGAGCUGGACAUGGACAUCCAGGGGCUGGAGAGGAGGCUCUCUCAGAAGAGGCAGUGCAGAGGCCGGGGUGAGGCCGUCCGGCCCGCUGAUACAGGAUCUGGCCCUGGGACGGGAAGAGCACGCGACAACAGCUCUGUGCCUGCUGUCAGCCGGCCCCUCAAUCCCUCUGCUGUUCUCACGUCUGCUCCCAGGACAGCCUCCAGUCCCACACAUGUAGAGCGUCUGUCCCCUGCUUCAGACACCAUGGACUUUCCACCAAAGAGAGAGGAGAAGAAGAAGAAAGCAGCACGAGCCAAGUUUCAUUUCCAGGCACAGUCACCCAAGGAGUUGCCUCUGCAGAAAGGAGACAUCGUUUACAUCCACAGGCAGGUCGACGCCAACUGGUUUGAAGGGGAGCACCAUGGGAGAGCUGGCAUUUUCCCCACCACCUACGUGGAGAUUCUGGCCCCCACAGAGAGGCCCACCCCCAUCAAGUCCCCCUCCGUCCAGGUGGUAGAAUACGGCGAGGCCGUGGCCCUCUUCAACUUCAACGCCGACCUCCCCGUGGAGCUCCCCUUCCGCAAGGGCGAGGUGAUCUGUGUGACCAGACGUGUGGACGACAGCUGGCUGGAGGGCAGGAUCUCCGGGACCAGCCGGAGCGGCAUCUUCCCCACCUCCUACGUCCAGGUCAACAAGAUGCCCCGCACCAAGUCCAGCGAUGACUACCCUCCCUGCCCCAUGUCACCCACCUCCCCGGAGCCUCCCAGCCCCGGACGACCUCUCCACUCCCCCUGCCCUCGCUCCCCCUUCACCCCUGCCUCCCUCAGCCCGGAGCCUGGAUACUCCCCCCUGAAGCCCUCUUCCCCCUCACCCACCCAGCCCUUCAUAGCCAAAGAAGCGACCAAUCACUGGCCUCACCCUGCUUCCAACCCCACAUCCCCCACCCCACAGAACAGCCACUGGGGCGGGGCUUAUCCAGCGACCCAGAAUUCCAUAGGUAGAGCUGUUUCACCGUCCAAUCACAUUGCCGCAUCCACCCACAGACCAGGAGGUGGUCCACCUAGCAGCCCCAAAUACAACAACCUCCCUCAGGAUGGAAGCACCAAACAUUCCCCCGGACCGCAUCCACACAUCAACUCCAACAGGCACGUCCAUUCUGGAGCCACGAAGGUGCCGCGGCAACCAUAUAAAGCGGUUUACAACUACAAGCCCCAGAACAGAGACGAGCUGGAACUGAAGGAGGGGGACAUCGUCCAGGUGAUGGAGAAAUGUGACGAUGGCUGGUUUGUAGGUACGUCAGAAAGGACCCACGCCUUUGGGACGUUCCCAGGGAACUAUGUGACACCCUUCUAAGUGCACCCCCGCCCUGCUCCACCACCUCCACCUGCACCUGACUGAGAACCAUGACUGUUUUAGACCAGAUUGCUUCACCAGAUCACUCCAACCCCACACGUCCCUCCACCCCUGUCCUCGUCCACCCAGGGAGCCGUCCAGCCUGCAUGUGCACCCCCCCCAGUCAGGGACCCCCACCACGCCUGUGCUGACCCCCAGUCAGGGACCCCCACCACGCCUGUGCUGACCUCCAGACUGUGUCUCGUGGUUGAAACACUGUGUGGUUUGCUAUCUCACCUCCCAGCAUGUGUGUUCCACUGUUGACUUGACAAGGAGUGUUUUCACACACACACGCACGUGUACCCCUGCACACUCAAUGUGCACACACACACACACACUCACACACACACACACACACACACUCACAGUCAGCUUGAAUGGAUGAACUGAGUGCUGAGGAUGCUGUUUCCAUUGCAGUGGAAGACUUUUUUUUUGGUCCCUCGUCGACCGCAAGCGUUUACUGUGGCGAAAGUUCACUCAUUCCUUCCACAGGUGAACUCCAGCAGGGCCUCGCUUAGCGGUGGAAUCACAUCCUCCAGACGCCUCUGUUGUCUCUGCAUGUCUGUGUGUUAUGGCUGUGCGCUCAGGCACUGUGACUAAGCAGACCGCGCUCAGCACUUUUCUCCACAACCGGGCCAUAACGGAACACACACACACACGGACACAGAG